AUGGAGUUUCAAUCAGAAGAUGAGGCAUACAACUUCUACAAUAGGUACGGAUUAGUUGUUGGAUUUAGUGUUCGGAAAGACUACUUGAACAAGGAUAAAGACGGUGUAGUUACAUUGAGAAGGUACACAUGUUGCAAAGAAGGAAUAUCCUUGAAACAAUCCCAUGAACUCAUGGGAAAAGAGGCAGGUGGAUUAGGCAAUAUUGGCUACACUCGUGAUGACUUAGAACGCUAUCUACGAACAAAAAGAGAGAGGAGAUUAAAGUAUGGUGAAACCGGUGCAAUGCUACGAUACUUUGAAGAACUAGUGCAUUAUAGUUCACUGUUCGUUAUUUAG